AUGAACGGCAUCGAGCCCGACAGUGUCGCUCGAGAGCCAAUUAGCUCGGGUGACGAAUCGAGCGUGAACGGCGGCAAUCACCCAAGCCACCACAGAUCGCCUCCUGAAGAGGUCACCGAGCCUCGAUGCGAAGUUAUUCACUUCUGGGACAAGGUCAAAUGCUCAGACUUUGACUUCAUAGACCUUUACCUGAAAGGAAGCAGCAAGCUAUCAUCCGAACCGAUGGUCCACAAGCUUAGGAACAUCGCUCAGGAUCAGGAGCAGGUCGAUGGCUGGCAAGAUCAAGUGAUGUCGACGCUGUACAAGAUGAUGGACGGAUUCGAGGUAUUUCAGGUCCAGGAUCCGCCUGUGAUCAUGUUUGAUGGGCCGACAGUCAACAUUCGUUGCCCAAACAAGGAUGCGCUGGCUGAGAUGCUCGAGCUCCUCAAGCAUCCGAUUCAAUUUCCGGGCUUCGAGGGCAUCUUUGACUCAAAAGGGUUGCCCUACCGACCAAGAGUCUGGCGUUUCGACGAUCUUAUCCCUGGUCCGAGCGACAGUAGACUCAGCUAUCUCCUCGGUGCUUACGUUGCGGAGAACAAGGAUCGACUCGGAGAGGUUAAAACAGUGUGGGCCAAGUUCUACCGGGUGACUGGCGUCAAAAUGCCCAGAAUUUUCGUUGGAAAGCUCCGGAUCGUGACCGACGAGGCAACUAUCAAGAACUACGAGUCCCCUGAAGCUUUUCAGGAAGAAUCACCUACGAUCGAAGACGAACUGUCUUUUGACUGA